GCUGCGCUUGGGGCUGGGUGUCCCAUUGAAAAGGCGGCCGCACUCCAGCCGCCCAGCACUCUCUCACUUCUGGCCAGGGAACGUGGAAGGCGCACCGACAGGGGAGCGGCCAGGGAGGGCGAGUUAAAGAAGGAAAAGAGAAAGGAAGGGAGUUAACAAAAUAAUAAAAACAGCCCGAGCCACGGCUGGAGAGACCGAAAGCCGGCGCAAGAGAGCGCAGCCCUAGGGGGCGAGGAGCGGGAGACUCAGCAGGGCGUGCUCGCCACUGACUUUUGCUGCUGCUGCUGCUGCUGCUGCUGCUUCUUCCUUUUUUUUUUUUAAACAAGAAGGCGCUAGCGGCAGCCUCACACGCGAGCGCCACGCGAGGCUCCUGAAGCCAACCCGCGAAGGGAGGAGGGGAGGGAGGAGGAGGAGUGGAGGGAGGAGGAAAAGCGUUUGCACCUUCUUCUGCUCCCACCCUAAGAAGUCUCCGGGGAUUUUGUGUUUUUCUAACUUCCCUCCGGCCUCACUGUUCAGCUCUCCCCUUCUUCCCCUCUCGGUUCGCGCACCCGAGUCCUGCCCGCGUGCCCCCGCGCGCCCGCACCUCGCGGCCUCGCUUCUCCCCUUGCGCGACUCCUCGGCGGCCGCUGCGCAUGGAGAGCUCUGCCAAGAUGGAGAGCGGCGGCGCCGGCCCGCAGCCGCAGCCGCAGCCGCAGCCCCAGCCGCAGCCGCAGCCCCAGCCGCAGCCGCAGCCCCAGCCGCAGCCCUUCCUGCCGCCCGCAGCCUGCUUCUUCGCCACGGCGGCGGCGGCGGCGGCGCAGAGCGCGCAGCAGCAGCCGCAGCCGCAGCCGCAGCCGCAGCAGGCGCCGCAGCUGAGCCCGGCGGCGGACGGCCAGCCCUCAGGGGGCGGUCACAAGUCAGCGUCCAAGCAAGUGAAGCGACAGCGCUCGUCCUCGCCCGAACUGAUGCGCUGCAAACGGCGCCUCAACUUCAGCGGCUUCGGCUACAGCCUGCCGCAGCAGCAGCCGGCCGCCGUGGCGCGCCGCAACGAGCGCGAGCGCAACCGCGUCAAGCUGGUCAACCUGGGCUUCGCCACCCUGCGGGAGCACGUCCCCAACGGCGCGGCCAACAAGAAGAUGAGCAAGGUGGAGACGCUGCGCUCGGCGGUCGAGUACAUACGCGCGCUGCAGCAGCUGCUGGACGAACACGACGCGGUGAGCGCCGCCUUCCAGGCGGGCGUCCUGUCGCCCACCAUCUCCCCCAACUACUCCAACGACUUGAACUCCAUGGCCGGCUCGCCGGUCUCCUCCUACUCGUCCGACGAGGGCUCCUACGACCCCCUGAGCCCCGAGGAGCAGGAGCUGCUCGACUUCACCAACUGGUUCUGAGGGGCUCGGCCUGGCCAGGCCCUGGUGCCAACGGACUUUGGAAGCAGUUACAGGGGGACCGCACAACCUGCAUCUUUCAUGCUUUCUUGUCAGUGAUGUCAGAAGGGAGAAAAAAAGAAAAAGAAGAAAAGAAGGAAAAACAAUAAAAUAACAUCAGGCAACCGACCCCAAGACCAACUAAGCAUUGCCUGCCUGAGAAGCAAGGCUCUGGCAAAACAGGGAUGCGCUCAGAACUGUAUCUUUGCACUCCAAUUGUCGCCGGAGCUCUGAAGGGUGACUAGGACCUGAGUCAACGCGCAGAAUGCAGCUUGUGUGCAAAGGCACUGGGCUCCCGGCAGAAGGGAGCAGCAGAGCCCUAUAGAAACUCCCACCCACCAGUAACAGGCAGAACCACCGAAAGCACUCGCUAGGAUGCCUUCACCUCCCUGCCCUCUGUGAAAGCGCAGUUCUUAGCCCUAUAGAAAUGGGUUGGUGUCUCUCUUCGAAGCAUCCCCCAUCCUAUCCCUAUAAGCUGUGGACAUCUGUCUGCAGUGAAAUUAUGCUCUACUCAGUCCUUUGAAACUCCGAUCCUCGGCGGGGGCGGGGGGAGGGGGGCUCCCUACAUCCCCAUUUCCUCACAUCAUCUUUUCUACCAUUUUCAUCAUAGAAUGCUUCCAAUCUUUUGUGAAUUUUUUUAUUAUAAGAAAAAUCUAUUUGUAUCUAUCCUAACCAGUUUGGGGAUAUAUUAAGAUAUUUUUGUACAUAAGAGAGAAAGAGAAAAAAUUUAUAGAGUUUUGUACAAAUGGUUUAAAAUGUGUAUAUCUUGAUACUUUAACAUGUAAUGCUAUUACCUCUGCAUAUUUUAGAUGUGUAGUUCACGUUACAACUGCCAUUUCUCCUAUGUGGUUUUGUAAAGAACUCUCCUCAUAGGUGAGAUCAAAAGGCCACCAGAUGUACUUCAGCACCAAUGUGUCUUACUUUAUAGAAACUUUGUUAAUGUAUUAAUGAUGUUAUUAAAUACUGUUCAAGAAGAACAAAGUUUAUGCAGCUACUGUCCAAACGUCAAGUGUGGCAGCCAGUUGGUUUUGAUAGGUUGCCUUUUGGGAAAUUUCUAUCACUGCCUUUUUUUUCUUACUGUUUUAUUACAAACUUACAAGAAACGUGUAUAACCCUGUUUUAUACAAACUAGUUUCGUAAUAAAACUUUUUUCUUUUUUAUAAAUGAAAAUUA